AACGCCAAAUGUCUUGUAAGGCAACCAGACUUCUUUCUCAUUCAACUAGGUCAGUUUCCCCUUGAUUCUGCCCUUCACCCAGCUAUAAAAGACCAGAGAUAGAAGAUCGAAAAUGUCAGUUGUUCAAAUCAAUCAGCAUGAAAUUGUUUGUCAUCGCCGCUGUCUUGGCCGUUGCUGCCGCCACCAGCUACUCUCCUUCCAGCUACGCUCCGGCUAGCUACAAGGAUAACAAGUACGCCGGAAUCACGAUCGUGAGUCAAUCCGACGAACGCAACCUCGACGGCAGCAGCAAGUGGAGCUACGCUGGAUCUGACUACACCACCCGUGAAGAAUCCCAAGUUCAGAAGAAGCUUCAAGGAACCAGCUACGAUUCUUAUGGAAAGGCCACCUACGAGGAUGUUAUAGGCAACACCAACAGGGGAUCUUCUUACUGGGUUUCCCCCGAAGGCCAGAAAUUCACGCUGACCUGGAACGCCGAUGAGGCCGGAUUCCAGCCCCAGGGUGAUCACUUGCCCAUUGCUCCCGUCCAUGAGUACGAACUCCCCGUCCAUGUGCCUUUCAACGGCAAAGGCUACAAGAUCUACUAAAUUAUUGUUGUAUUGACUGAAUGCGUAACUUAUUUGGUGUAAAUAUAAAAAACCAGGACAUCUAAAA